ACUAGUUUGUACUUGGUUUGCGCUGUUGUCAGCAGACAGAUCGAGAAGGAGACGGACUUACGGACGCACUUCUAAGCAUAUUACGGACGUAUUCGCUUUGUUUAUAAUAUUUUAGGUGACCGGUAAGAUAAAAAAAAACCGCUCAAAAUGUGUGCGAAAAUGGCUUUUCAACACCAGGCGGGGACGGCGAUGGAGUGCCUGAGCAUCCCUAUCACGCUUCACAAAGAAGCAGAAAUUGAUGCCAACGGAGAAGAGGUGAUGAAAUGUGGAUUGAAAAUAGGUGGAGGUAUCGAUCAGGAUUUUAGAAAAAGUCCACAAGGCUACACGGACAAUGGGAUCUAUGUAACGGAAGUCCACGAAGGUUCGCCAGCAGCAAAGUCAGGAUUAAGAAUGCAUGAUAAAAUCCUCCAGUGUAACGGUUACGAUUUUACAAUGGUAACCCAUAAAAAGGCUGUUGGAUACAUUAGAAAGCAUCCUGUACUAAAUUUACUUGUGGCACGAAAAGGGGUCACCAGCACCUAAAGUGUGCUAGCGUAAUGAUUAUUGAUUAAAAUUAACUACCUGUUCAAGAGAUUGAUAUUUUAUUUUGUUCAAUAAGGUGUUAGCAAUGCCAAUUUGCAUCGAGGAUGUAGCGUUGAGAGGAAGAAUUAUCUCGAACAGAAUUAAAGACUUUACAGCUCAGUAUUCACACUCUACAGACAAUCUAAACAUUCGGCAAUCAAUGAUCGUAAUCUGAGUAGCUAUUAGAUUUUAAACAUGGUCAUAAUGGUUUAUUAUUUCUAUUAAGCGAGGACUCAAGUGCGUAAGAUGACUCGUCCCAGUUAAAGUAUUCUCGAGCGUCUUUUUAUUCAGAGCAAUUUUUUAAAAUUCAUCGAAAGAUUAUUGUCCAUCGAAUCGCGGUUGAUACAAAGCUGUACCUGCUGGCAAGGUCAAUUUGAAUAACUUUGUGAAUUAGACGAGAUUUUGUUUCUACUUAAGUUUUAAGAUUUUAUCAUUAAAUGAAUAUCGGAUAGAAUUAAAGCAAAUACUUGGUAUUGCUAACUUAAAACGUAAAGGAUAUACAUAUACACUAAUUUUGAAGCAGGUGGCAAAUGAUACAUAAACAUCCUACCUCCCUUCGUGUCAUACACAUAACACCCAAUUAGAUACUAAGUAGGAUAAGCAGGUUCGACGGGACCUUUGAUUUAAAUACAUGUAGUUAUCAUACGUACCUGCUUGUAAAAAUAUUAGGAUAUAUUAUAUGAUUACUAGAUUUUCGUUAUUUAUUAUUGACAUAACGACAAUGCUAUUGAAGUUAAAAUACAGAGACAAAAUUCAUUGAUAUUGAUUGAUAAAAUACCAUUUGAGUCGCCCUGAAAGAAAAUUUGAAUGCAUUACUACUGCAGUUGUUAGGAAAAAGUUUAUAUCUAUUGUUUUGUAGUAGGAUUUGCGGAAAUUCCAGUUGCAUGUGUUAUGUUCACAACAACUUGGUUCGAAAUCAAUGUUAGGUUGAAAUUGGGUACAUACCACAUUUAAAUUUGUAUAUUGUAUAAUAAGAAUUAUGAUUCUGGUUACUCAGUUCAGAUAUGAUGUUUGUUUUACAUCAUAUUACCAAAGAAACUUACCUGCUAUAAUUUUUAUAAAAAACAAUUUUCGUUCGACAUCAAGUUGAAGGAAACAAAGUAUUUUGAAACAGAUACAAAACAUUGAAUAUUGUGUAUAAUAAUUCCAGUGUGGUACUUUAAAUGAAGUUUUAUGAUUUUAACACAUUAUUAACAACGUUUUUGGUAUUUCGUUUUUGUAAUUAUAAUUUUUUGAAACAGGUUGGAAAAGAUACGAAUUCCUAGUUCGACUUGAUUUAACGAUAAGAAAUAAAUUUUGUAUUAAGUUUCACUGAACAGCUCAUGUCGAGAGUGAAUGGUAUAAAAUUUAAUUUUUCUGAAAUCCCAAGCAAGUCAUCUAUUUUCAGAUAUAAUCGAAGAACACAUCUUAAUUUUGCAUAUAAACAGGGCCUCUGCCGUUUACAAGGUCCAAUAAAAUUCAAUCUACCGACCAUUUUUCAAUGAUUGUUGAACCGAUAAUAUUGUCAGCAAUGAUUUACCAAACGCUAUAAAUGAAAAUAUAUUUGCGUCUAGUAUAUAAAAUUUCAUAAAUUAUGUAAGAGACAACAAAAUAUCAUCUCUUCUAUAAUUCUUAUGUAAAUUUCAAUUUAAAUGAUUAGCAUUUGUGAUAAGCAUUUAUUGAUUUCGCACAAUCUUUGGUAUUUACAAGGUUUAUAUAUAAAAUAAAUAUAUGUGAUAAAUAUAA